AUGGAAGAAAAGAAUCAGACUGCAGUUGCUGAGUUUCUCUUCCUGGGGCUCACGGAUCAUCUCCACCAGAAGAUUAUCCUUUUCAUCAUGUUUCUCUUUAUUUAUCUCGUCACCCUGGGGGGUAACUUGGGCUUGAUCACUCUCAUAUGGGUGGAUCCCAGGCUGCACACACCUAUGUACUUUUUUCUUAGCCACUUGUCCUUUGUAGAUGUCUGCUCCUCUUCCUCUAUAGCUCCUAAGAUGCUACAUGAUAUCUUUGCAGAUAAAAAAGCCAUCUCUUUCUUGGGCUGUGCAGCACAGAUGUGGUUCUUUGGUCUCUUUGUGUCAAUUGAUUGUUUCCUACUGGCUGCAAUGGCAUAUGAUCGCUAUACAGCCAUCUGUAAGCCCUUGCUGUAUGCCCUCAUUAUGUCAAAAAGGGUCUGUGUGCAGUUUGUGGUAGGGCCUUAUGUCCUAGCUGCUGUAAACAUCACAACUCAUACAACCUUGACUUUUUGCUUACCAUUCUGUGGUCCAAAUAUUGUCAACCACUUCUUCUGUGAUGUUUCCCCAAUGCUUUCCCUAGCAUGUGCUGACAUGCGGAUUAACAAGGUGGUGCUUUUUGUCUUGGCUGGUGUGAUAGGCAUGCCCAGUGGUCUGAUUAUUAUCAUCUCGUACAUCUGCAUCCUAGCGGCCAUCUUGAAAAUCCAGACUUCUGAUGGGAGGAGGAAAGCUUUCUCCACUUGUUCCUCUCACCUGUCAGCCGUCUCCAUCCUGUAUGGGACUCUUCUCUUCAUCUAUGUUCGACCUAAUGCAAGUUCUUCCCUGGACAUCAAUAAAGUGAUUUCUCUAUUUUAUACCAUUGUGAUCCCCAUGCUGAACCCCCUCAUCUACAGCUUGAGGAACAAGGAGGUGAAACAUGCAUUCAGGAGAACACUGGAAAGGAAGCAAUUUCUAACAGGUGUUUAA